AAAUAAAUCAUCAUGCAUAUUUGUGCUUUAUUUCCUUUUUCACUGCAACAAGCUCUUUGUGCAUUUGCUAUGCAUGAUCGUGUUUAUAUGGGCUUGUGGUCUUGAACUCUUAGGUGAUAACUUUGUCAGAAAAGUUUAUGGAAAAUUUAAUUAAACAGAACAUCCACCAAAUCUUCCAUAUUCUCUGCCUGACCUUGGCUGGGGAGCUGAAAUAUUCCUGUUUGAUUUUACUUUUACCUAGUUUCAAGUCAGGAGAAUUAUUGUCUUUGGUUCUGUUUGCAGCAGUUGUUGCUUGGGCUUGAAUACAAGAGGUGAAGUUUUUUCUUUUAUUUCUCACUUCGGUGUUGUGGUGUGGCCACUUUGAAUGUACUUCAGCUAUAAAUUCAGGGAAACUAUUGCUAAUAAUAUGAGGAAAUUCCAUAAUGAAAAUUUCUAGGUGUGAAAUAGCUAUACUUGAUGAAUAUAACAGUUCUUGUCUUCUAGAUGUAAGUGACAUUAAUCUAGUUCAAGGGCCAAAAAACAGAUUAAACAAAUAGGGAGACCCUUAGUGACAUGAGGGGAAUAUUCUGGUAGCCAGGAAAAGUUUCAUUUGUGAAAAAAGAAAUAAGGAUUAAGAUUCCCUUAAAUUCUAACCCGAGUUUGAGGGUCUCAAGUGAGAGAAACACAUGAAGUGCGUUGUACAAUAUUUUUUUAGCAAGAGAUGUAUAAUUGUAUCUUUUGUGUGAGUUUUCGAACAAUAUUAAAUACUCAAUAAAUACUGUAAAAUUCAUUUAUAUGUUUCCCUCCCACUUGUGACUGUCAAAUUUAGAAUAAAAGUUAUCCGUUUGAUUAAUAAAACAAACAGCUGGAGCUUUUAAUAAUGUGUUUGAUUUGUACGACUCAUUGGCAACUGCUAAAUAUACAAACAAGUCAACCGAUGGCAACCGUUGGUUGGCCUCCUCAAAUCAUUCUUGGCCACAAACCCCUCUUUAUAAACCAUCGUACACACACGAAACAUACCCCAUGUUUCUCACAUCAUUUUUCUUCUCCGUCUUCUUCGACCAUUCUAUCUAUAAUAAUAGAGCUAGCCAGAGGGAGAGAGAAAGGAAGGUUCUUGUUGGUUCUUGAGCACUACACAUGGGUAAUUGUGGUAGUUUGCCGAAAACCAAGGGUGGCAUUGAUGUCUCGGUUCUGGCAUCUGAGCCAACUACAACUAAGAAGUUGGUGGAAACCAAAGAGGAGAAGGAGGAGGAGGUGAAGGUUCAGCAAGAAGAGAAGAAGAUUGAUGGAAAUGUUGGAGGGCAGAACGCUGGCGGUGGGAAGUCCGGUGAUGAGAACGGGGCCCUGGCCGUUGGCUCCUUGCUCAAUGAGACUAAAGAAAAGAAAGAGGCAAAAGAGAUUGAGAAGAACGGCGAAAUGUCAUCAGAGCCGAAAGAAGAGAAGACAAGUAUUGGGGAGGUAAAGGGCGAACCAGAGAAAACACCAGCAGCUGCCGCAGAUGCAGAAGGCAAAGAAAACAAUAAAUCUGAGAAGAAAACCGCAGAUAAAGAGGUGAAGGGUGAAGUACAAGAGCAAGAACCUGAAGCUGCAGCAGAUGCAAAACACGAAGAAGACAAGAAAUGUGAGAAGGGGAAUAUUGCAGCUAAGGAGGUGAAGGAUGAACCAGAGAAAGCACUGAAGAUCAUGACUCUGGAUAAGGAGGCUAAGGGUGAACCAGAAAAAGCACCUGAAGCUGCAACAUAUGCCAAUAACAAAGAAGAAAAAAUAUAUGAGAAGAAUAGUACCGGAGAUAAGGAGAUAGAGGGUGAACCAGAGAAAGCACUGCAGAAGACCGCAGAUAAGGAGGUAAAGGUUGAAGUAGAGAAAGAACCAAAGAAGACCCCAGAUAAUGAGAUGAAGGGUGAAUCAGAGAAAGCACCUGAACCUGCAGCAAAUGCCAUAAACAAAGAAGGCAAUAAAUAUGGGAUGAAUACAGUAAAUAAGGAGGUAAAAGGGUGAACCGGAGAAAGCACCGAAGAAGGCCGCAGACAAGGAGAUAAGAGGGAUAACCAGGGAAGGCAUCUGAAACUAGCCAGCUGCAACACACGAUGCAAAAGAACCCCAUAAAAAAAAAAAAAAAAAAAAA